AUUUAACCUUUUUGACUAAUUUUGUUUUUCGUUUCACCAUUUUUUUGAACCUCUCAAAGUUGAAUCCAUUUUUACCCUUUUUGCUUGAUAUUUCAUCUUUUUAACUGUUUCCAUCCAAUAACGGAUUUAUUUUGGAUUAAAUUGAAAUUAAUUCAACCAAGUGUUUACCACUGACAAAAUGGAUAACAAGGAUUCAGAUGAUCUUGUCAUUUCUGGUUACCUUUACAUUCCAAGUCAAUCUUUUCUCAAAUUAAAGCAGUCUUGGAGUAAAAAAUAUUUCGCUCUCUAUAAACGCAGUUCAAGUGGCAUUCAACGGUUAGAGUUGUUUGAUAGUCAAGAGUCACAUUUAAAAAAGUCCAACACAUUAAUCAAGAUAAUUGCUCUCAACGAGUGUCACAAGGUUUCAAUUACAACUCACAAACAGCAAUCAAAUGUAUUUGAGAUACGAACUCGAGAAGCCGUUCAUUUAUUUUCAGCGGAAACUUAUCAACAAAUGCAGUUGUGGUUAGAAGCACUGAGAUCAGUCGCAUUUGCAAUCGAUAACAACUCGCCAUCUAGAGCCAUUAGUAAUACACCAGCAAAGUCACCAGGAGUUAUUAAUUGUAAAUCAAUACCAGAAGCUGUAACGGUAACUGUUAAUGGUCCAAAUAAAGACAAGCCAUUAACCAAUUGCCAUAAUCACCAUCAUCCAAGGCUGGAUAAAGAUGCCUCAAUUAAUCACGUCUGUGUACUUACAGCUAAUAGUAACAAUCAGUCGAUUCCUCAACAAGAGGAAAAUAUGCUUUACUCUUCGGUUGAUGCUCCUGACUUGUAUAAUGUUAAGUUAGUUAUUUCUGAGGCUACAAUUAGAUGUAAAUUAGCAGCAACAGAUUACUAUUUAGUCUUGACUUCUGUGUCAAUAUCACUGGCUGAAAAAUUACCAGACACCCGACAAGGAAAAAUCUUGUGGACUUGGCCGUAUCGUCAUAUACGUCGCUAUGGUUGUACUAAGGAUGGCUUUAGUCUAGAAGCGGGGCGAAAAUGUUUAACUGGAGAAGGUUUAUUUUCGUUUAUUACCUCGGAUGGUUCGGCCAUUUUUAAAUGUGUAGCAAGUCAUGUAACAAGUUUAAAGACAACUUCGCCAAAUGGUGUUUUUCCAGUUCCUCGUUCAUCACCUAUCGAGCUAUCAGCCACUUCAUCGUCUGUACCAGCAUCAACUACCGUGACUACUUCGUCUUCUUCCUGUUCAACUGUAAUGUCAACAAAUGAAAAGACAGAAGUAUCAAAUUGUAAACAAUCAAACCCUUGCCAACAAACAUUCUCACCUAAUAAAGUAACAUUUGAUGGACAAACUGCUAAUUCAAAUAUUAAUGCCGUCACGUCUCUUCCAACACAGUCGACAUCCUCGUCGUCCUUAUCAAUGCCAAAAUCAAAUCCUUCACAACAAACCAAUGCUACAUCAGGAUCCAUUUUAACUGUUGCAGCCAACGGUUCACCAGAUAAAACAGUAACCAAUUCAACAACCUCAAGCCAGUCUGAACAAUUAAGUACUGUCAGCAAUACUAAUUUUCGUCAUUAUCAACGUCCAUCUUCACCUAAACCUCCAACAUUACCUAGAGGUGCUCGUCCCAACCAACGAGAGUCAGCUAAUCAAAACGGUGUUACUUUUGGCACUAAUCAUUCAACGAAUGGCAAGCAAAAUCCAAAGCCAAAUAAUCAUUAUAACAAUCAAAUAGCGCAGCCCAAAAUGAAUGAAUUAAGUUUUGAGACUCACAAAAUGGUUAAACCGAAUGAAGCUUUGAGCAAUUCACUGCAAGCGAAAAAAGAAGCAAAUUCAAUGGUCACUUUGAACCCAAUGGAUUCAGUUACUAUAUUACCUCAAGAAAACGGGUUGAUAAUUAUUUCAGAUGAAAUGAGGAAUGGACAGUCAAUAAUUAAGCCACCUCGACGUGGUCGAUUCAAUUGUGAUGGUAAACAAUUAACUUUCAACCUUUCAGAUGGUUCUAUUGAAACUCUCGCCAUUCCUGUUACAAUUGUUGAUCCAUUAUAUGAAGAUCCCAUUUUUGUCUCAAGAGAAGAGUUGUUUGGCCUAAAGGCUGAAGAUAAAGAGGAAAACCAUUAUGAAAUUCCUGUAAUUGUUAAUGGUAAUGUCAACAAUGAUAAUGAUUCGUCUACUCAUAAUUAUGAGCAAGUAACAAUCACAAAUAAUGGACUCAUCGAGAUUGGCUAUGAUCGUAAAAUAAUUUCAACAGUUGAUGGUAAAACUGUAAAUGAAAAGCUUCCUCGUAUCCAUCCUCAAGUUUCACGUUUAACUUCAGUAAUUAGAUCAAUGUUUACCGGUAAUUUGGGUAAUAUUGUUAACUCUCGUAAAUCUGUUAAAUUGGAAAAAUUUUCUCAAUCAUCUUCAUCAAGUGAAGGAAGUUAUAGCUCAUUAUCAAGUGGACCAACUGUUAGUGGAUCAAUAUCAUUUGAAGUAAACAAACAAGAAUCUGGAUCUGAAUCUUCCAAUGAAUCGCCAUACUCGGAAAUUUGUGAUUUACCAGAGAGCAAUUCGCUCGAUGACAAAGUUGAUUAUGUUAAUCAAAAAGCAAAACAUCAUUUAAUAAAUAUUUACUCAAAUAGGAAAGACAACAAAGUCCACGGAAAUGAUUCAAACAAUUCCAAUGGAUGCCUUUCCAUUGUAAAAAACUGCAUCACAACUGAUUUAGAUGAAGGUGAUUAUGUAAAUUUAAUGCCAGAAGAUUCAGUCAAAUCAACAAUUAGCAAUAAUAAAGCUUCACGUAUUGUUAUUAAUGGUUCAUCAAAUGAUAAAUGCUCACCGAAUCCUGAUCAUUACAUUCAAAAUGACGCUGAAUAUGCUCUUAUAAUGAAAAGAUCAAUUAGUUGUGAUAAAUUGUAAAUAACUGUUCGGAUAAUUUUUUUCUAGAUCAAUGAGACUGAUUUAAAAUGUUUAUAAUCAAUUAUUAUUGUUAAUUUGUAAGUGAUACAUUUGCAUAUGUAAACUGGACUAGUCUUGCAAUUCAAUUAAAAUGUCAACUAAUAUUAAA